AUGGAGUCUUCAAAAACAGAAAUGGAUUUUUUUCACUUGUUUUUUCCAUCAAAUUAUUAUGAAGAAAUAGCGCAACAGACAAAUGCAUAUGCCGAGAGAGUCAUUAAUGUGAAUCCCAAUCCAGCCUGGUAUCCAACAAAUGGAGAAGAAAUAAAAGCAUACUUGGGGGUGGCAAUUGUCAUGGGUAUUUUACCAGCUCCUGCACAAGUUAUGUAUUGGUACAAGGACAAGUUAUUCCACCCAUCCUGCAUAGAAGGAAAAUUCACCAGGACUAGAUUUGAGACAUUACAAAGAUACUUUCAUGUUGCAGACACAACCUCAAAUCCAGCCCAAGAGGAUCCUGCCCACGAUAAGUUGGCUCACGUCAGACCUUUACUGGAGCUCCUGAGAACAAAUUUCAAACAAGAGUAUCAUCCACACAAAGAAGUUUCCAUAGAUGAGGCGAUGAUAGGAUUCUCAGGAAGACUGGGGUUCAAGCAGUACGUGCCUCUCAAACCUACAAAGAGGGGUAUCAAAGUGUGGGUCAAAGCCGACCUUUUCAAUGGAUAUAUAAAUGACUUCCAGGUUCACACUGGACGUCAUAAUAAUGUUGCAGAGAAGGACCUGGGCUCUCGUGUUGUGUUAGACCUUGCAAGACCAAUAAUAGGACUUGGACACCACAUAUAUUGUGACAGUUUCUUCACAUCCCCGGAUCUGUUCCUACAGCUGUGGCGUGAGGAUACCUAUGCUUGCGGCACAGUGAGGGCCAAUAGGAAAGGCCUCCCAAAGGACAUAGGAACAACCGAGUUGAAGGAGCAAGGAAGAAAUGUUACAAAACAAAAAGGAAGUAUGCGUGUAAAUGUUUGGCAAGACAAAAAGAAUAUAACAAUUCUUCAUACAAAUGGUGAAGAUACGUCAGUGAAUAGAAAGCAGAAGGAUGGCUCCACCAAGAAUGUACCCUGUCCUAAGGCUGUGAAAUUGUACAAUCAGUACAUGAAUGAUGUCGAUCAUACAGAUCAGCUCAGAUCUGCUUACAACACAGUGAGGAAAGCACUAAAAUGGUUGAAAUAUUUAUUUUUCUUUCUAUUCGACGUUGCCAUUGUAAAUUCCUACCUCCUUAUGAAAGAAUCUCACCAACAUUCCCUAAAAACAAAAACCAACAGAACUAGACAGAGGACCUAA